AUGUUUGUUCAGUGCAGAUGGCUGGCGUCGCCGAGACUGCUAGAUGCACGGCACGUCUUUUUCAAUGGCAUUGUGUUGUGGGUGUUGGCGAUCGACCCUUGUGGAUACACCGAAAAUAAUUCCUUGAAGUUGUCGCUGUCGCGACUGAUUCUGGGGGUGACCACAAGGCAUUUUGCACUGGCCGUUGUGGGAAAUACAGCUUUCUCUGCCAUGGUCAUCUACGAUGUCACGCUUCACAAGACGCCAGAGCAGGUGAAUGGUCUGAUCGGCGUAGAAGUGACAGACCUCCUGUUGCUGCUGUUUACUUGUUUCGUGGUCAGGUGGCAGCUCUGGGCGAAUGCCCGGAUGGGGAUCAACCUCCAAAGCAGUUCGGUGGAGCUUUCCGCCGUUUGCAGACUGUUGAAUGGGCUAUGCGAUGCUGUUCUGGUUCUGGAUGAUUCCCUCCAGCUCACUGAGAACUCAGCGCCCCUCUCCACCUUGCUCUUGCAUGGCUACGGUGCAGCAGGAACCAAUCUUGUCGGAAAGGACUUUCUGGGCUAUUUCAACCCAGACGACCGGAAGCACGUCCGAGAUGCGCUGUCUGCUAGCGCUUGCAGCACACUGCCAGCAAUGGCGCUUAAUGCAAGCCUGCAAGAUGCACUGGGGAAUGCCAUGAAGGUUGAGCUGCUCCACCUCCGCUAUGAGAGGGCAGGAGGCGAAGCCCGGCAUUUAGUUGGCAUCCGCGAGUAUCAAGACUUCUCGUACUUCGUGGCCCCACUCGGAGAGGCUCCCACCUCCUCCACCG